GGAAACCAUGUCGUCCAAACCACAGUUCCAAAGCGGCCAUGAGAUCCCGGUGUCGAGCCAGGAGUUCCCGGGCUUGGAGAGCAAAAUGCCCAACCCGCGGCCGUUGUUCGACGAAAUUCCGACCGAGGACGGCAAGAGUCAGAAGUACAGAGGCGCCGAGAAGCUGAAGGGCAAGAAGGCCAUUAUCACGGGCGGGGACUCGGGAAUUGGGCGUGCAACUGCUAUCUUGUUUGCCAUGGAGGGCGCGGACUCCCUCAUUGCGUAUCUCCCGGAAGAGGAGCAGGACGCCCAGGAGACCAAGAAGCGAGUGGAACAGUACGGGCAGCAAUGCCACCUGGUGGCCACGGAUCUGAGAGACAAAGCCAACUGCAAGAAGGUGGUCGACGAGGCAGCCAAGGCGUUCAAUGGGCAGAUCGACAUCCUGUUCAACAACGCGGCAUACCAGAUGGCGGUGGAUGACAUCAAGGAUCUUUCCGAGGAUCAAUGGCUACAUACCUUCGACACCAACAUCCACCCCUAUUUCUUCCUCGCAAAAUAUGCGCUACCACACAUGAAGCGGGGCAGCACCAUCAUCAACAACGCCAGCAUCAAUGCCUACAUCGGCCGCCCGGACCUGCUCGACUACACGUCGACAAAGGGCGCCAUCGUGUCCUUCACGCGUGGUCUGAGCAACCAGCAGAUCGGCAAGGGCAUCCGGGUCAACGCUAUAGCGCCCGGUCCGGUCUGGACCCCUUUGAUUCCGUCGACCAUGCCUGACAAGGCACAGAAACAGUUUACCAGCCCCAUGGGCCGGCCAUCCCAACCGAGUGAAAUCGCAGCCUGCGUCGUCUUCUUGGCCUCGGCCGACAGUUCGUCCAUCAGCGGACAAACGAUCCAUUGCAAUGGCGGCUCUGUUGUUAAUGGUUAA